GCUCUCGACUCGCUUCCCAAAUAACCGCGUGGUCCCGGGGUAUUUCUGGUACAGGAUGUCCUCACUGCGCCGUGGACGUUUGGACAAAUCAAACGUCCUUCCCCGAGCCCUGAGCGAUCCUGCACGCACACCAACUAGGACUCUCCUAAAAUGACUGUUACGUACUCCAGCAAAGUCGCCAACGCCACCUUCUUCGGGUUCCACCGAUUAUUACUGCGAUGGAAAGGAAGUAUUUACAAACUCCUUUACCGGGAGUUUGUGGUUUUUGCGCUACUGUACAGCAUGCUCAGCCUCGUAUACAGAUGGGCGCUCGCCGAUCCCCAGAAGAGACUCUUUGAGAAGUUGUCCCUGUACUGUGACAAAUACGCCGAACAAAUCCCUGUCACCUUUGUCCUUGGCUUCUACGUCACUCUGGUGGUGAAUCACUGGUGGAAUAAGUUCAUGAACAUGCCGUGGCCGGACCGGCUCAUGGUACUCAUCUCGAGCCGCGUACACGGCCAGGACGAGCAGGGUCGGCUGCUGAGGCGCACGCUGAUGCGCUACGUCAACCUCAUAUCGCUGCUCGUCUUCCGCUCCAUCAGCACUGCCGUCUGCAAGCGCUUCCCCACCAUCGACCACGUGGUGGAGGCAGGAUUCAUGACACCAGAGGAGAGGAAAGUUUUUGAGAACCUCAACUCUCCACACUUCAAAUCCUGGAUCCCAGCGGUGUGGUUCACCAACCUGGCAUCCAAGGCGCGGGAGGAGGGCCGUAUCCAGGACAACGUGGACCUCCAGGCCAUUGUCAGUGAGCUGAACAGGUACAGGACAGGGUGUACCACUUUAUUUUUAUAUGACUGGGUUGGGAUCCCCCUAGUCUACACCCAGGUUGUAACCCUGGCUGUCUACACAUUCUUCUCAGCCUGCAUCAUUGGUCGACAGUUUUUGGACCCCACCCAGGAGUACCCAGGUCACGAGGUCGACCUCUACGUGCCAAUCUUCACCCUGCUGCAGUUUUUCUUCUAUUCUGGUUGGCUGAAGGUGGCAGAGCAACUCAUAAAUCCAUUUGGGGAAGAUGAUGAUGACUUUGAAUCCAACUGGUGCAUCGAUAGAAACCUGCAGGUGUCGAUGAUGGCCGUAGAUGACAUGCAUAUGAAUCUGCCCCCCAUGACUAAAGAUAUUUACUGGAAUGAGCCUGACGUGCGCCCCCCCUACACGCUGGCUGCUGCCGAUUACUGCAUUCCGUCUUUCCUGGGCUCCACUACUGACAUGGGGCUCUCUGAGUUACUGCAGGGUGAGGAUAUCAGUACCCAGGAGCUGGGUCACUCGGGCUCAGUUCUGGCCAACAUGCGUCGCCUGCUGAGCGUACAAGAGCCGCUGGACCUGCACGCACGGCCGUCUCUCAAACGCCACAACAGCGCCAUCUCCAGCUUCUUCUCCUUCGUCCCGGACCAACACCCCCACCACAGGCCGGAAGUGGGUGUGGCAACCCAUGCCCACGCCUCGCCCCCUGUGCUGAACUCGCUGUCCACGGUGCAGGAGGUUCAGAGUGUCGACGCUUCCAACUCAGACACGCACUCGACUUCUCAUGCCAGCGUCCAGAUGGAGGUGGUUUGUGAAGCCGACCUCCACGAGCUCAGCACCAGCUCAGCUGCGGAGCCGGAUGCUCCGGACGAGCUCCACAGUGGAGAGGAGGCGACCUGUGCAGAUAGCCAGUCAGGAACGGACGCCAGGAAGCUGCGUAGCGGGUCGCCGGCCCACAGGAUGAGGAGGAGGGAGCUGUCCUUUCAGCUGUCCAGACAGAGCUCCAGGAGCUCCAGGAGCUCCAGGAGGAGUCCAUCCAGCCCCAGAGCCCUGCUACAAAACAAAGCUUUCCUUCCAGUGCUGAUUUCACCUUGCAGGAGUCCCCAGCAGGAAACGCUGCCGUCUGCCCCCUGCACCACGCCACAAGCCCCUGCUCCUCUAGAGCCGAGGUGUGGAGAGGAACAGCAACACAACCACCAAAACUGAACACUGCUUUCUAGAGAGCUUUAGCUUUGGUUUGGUUCAGCUUGUGGUUCAGGGAUAUCAGGUUGGAGCUAAACUCCUAUGACUGUGACACUAGCACUAAGGUAUUUAUAUGAACCGAGGUUUACCCUCACAUUGGUUCCUACUUUAACAACAGUAGGAACGUUAAUAGUGAAACCUUGCUGUUCUUAUGUAAGAGAUCCUGUAGUUAUCAGUUCCUGGCAUUAUUUGCGAGUAUGUUGUGUGAACGUCUCAUGCAUCCUGUUCCUCAGUCCCAAGGGAUGUCUGUAGUCAGGUCAGUGUGCUACACCUCAGUAGAGUACUGCUUUUAAGUGUAUUUCCAACAGGUACAUUUUUAAUGAAUCAAAAAAUGUAUGUAUGAGAAAUACACAAAUAAAUGUAUCAAAAUAA